AUGAGCCUCCCCUACAACUCGGUGGCGGGGGCUGAGCCGUACGGCGACAUCGCCUCCCCAGUGUCUUUGGACUCCAGUGUCUUCUUCAGCGAGAUGACGGCGUCCUGCGUCACAGACCCACUACGCUUCUUUGUCGUCAACGUCGGGGGAAGUCGCUUCGUGCUGUCACAGGAGCUGCUGGCGUCCCACCCGGAGACCCGGCUGGGGAAACUGGCCCGCUGCGGCCCAGACUCGGCGCUGGAGCUCUGUGACGACGCCGACUUCCUGCAGAACGAGUUCUUCUUUGACCGAAACUCACAGACCUUCCAGUAUGUGAUGAACUUCUACCGGACGGGUCACCUGCACGUGAGGGAGGAGCUAUGUGAGAUGUCCUUCCUGCAGGAGAUUGAGUACUGGGGCAUUGACGAGCUCCGAAUCGACUCCUGCUGCCGCGAGCGCUACUACCGCCGCAAGGACCAAAAGGAGAACCUUGAAGUGGGGAGAGACUUUGAGCCCGGUAGCAACGACGAGGACUUUGUGGGCGCCGUGUGCCCGGCUCUCCGUCGACGCCUGUGGGACCUGCUGGAGAAACCUGAUUCGUCCCGCACCGCUCGCACCUUUGGCACGCUCUCGAUCUUCUUCGUGGUGGUGUCCGUCGUCAACAUGGUGCUCAUCUCGCUGGACUUAGGGGAGGACUUCGGCGCGAGCGAUGUCGGCAUCGGCGCACCGCUGCUGUUCGACGCCCUGGAGUACGUGUGCGUAUUCUGGUUCACGGGCGAGCUGGCACUUCGGUUUCUCUGCGUGAGAAACAAGUGUCGCUUCAGCCGGAGUAUUCCCAACGUGAUCGACCUGCUGGCCAUCCUGCCGUUCUACGUGACGCUGGCGGUGGAGAGCCUCCACGGAGGGUCCACCGAGCUGGAGAACAUGGGCCGCGUGGUUCAGGUCCUCCGGCUCCUCCGGUCACUCCGGAUGUUGAAGCUGGGAAGACACUCCACAGGUCUCAAGUCUUUGGGUUUCACCAUCGCUCAGUGCUACGAGGAGGUCGGCCUCCUGCUCCUCUUCCUCGGCGUCGGCAUCUCCAUCUUCUCCACGGUGGUCUUCACUCUGGAGCACGACCACCCCGCCACCACCUUCACCAGCGUGCCAUCCGCUUGGUGGUGGGCGACCACGUCCAUGACCACGGUGGGCUACGGGGACAUCCGGCCCGACACGCCGCCGGGGAAGGUGCUGGCCAUCCUCUGCAUCCUGUCUGGGAUCCUGAUCCUGGCGCUGCCCAUCGCCAUUAUCAACGAGCGCUUCUCCGCCUGCUACUUCACGCUGAAGGUGAAGGAGGCGACGAUGCGGCAGGGCGAGAUGCUGAAGAGGCUGGUCGGCGGCUCGGUGGGGGGGGCUGACCACGAGGGAGGAGCGGGAGGAGGAGGAGGAGGAGGAGGAGGCGUGAACCUGAGGGACGCCUACGCCCGGAGCGUCCUGGAGAUGUUGAGGCUGAAUGGGCGAGAGAGGGCGAGCACCCGGAGCAGCGGAGGGGAGGAACUGUGGUGGUAG